AUGGCACCGGAUGCUGACACUUACACCUUCUUGUGUCCUCCUAGCAAGGAGGAACAGGAACAAGAACCAGUCUACCGCGCCCCCUCCCAUUACAAUCCUCGUUCGACCUUCAAUCUACCGUCCGGUGCGGGACGACACUACCAGCAGCAAUAUGGCGACAUGUACUUCAUGCGGCUGGCGAGAUUGAAGCCGAGCGUAGAACAAGUUGCGACGGAUGCCUGGGAUGGACUUAUUAUUGCCGGGGAGAAAGUGCGACGUGUCGAUCGAGUCCUCGAUGUCCGACAGGGAGAGCUGUGCUGGGUGGCCGGCACCGUGUACAUGGAUCUGCCCAUGAAGCCAAACAUUCUGGAUGACCUCAGCAAAGAAAACUUCACCUCUGCGCCCCCUCCCCGCCGCACCUACACCGACCCUUCCGAUCCCUCUUUGACCCAGAUUAUGAUGGAAGACGAAUCCGGUCGGUUACGGCUUACUGGAAAUUUCCUGCGGUCUACGCAACUGGCGACAGGCGCCAUUAUUGCAGCUUUGGGGACUGAGAAUGCGAAUGGAGACUUUGAAGUUAUCGACAUCAAACUGCCAGACUUGGCCCCGCAGUCUCAACGAUGGGAGGGCAAUGCUCCGGAAAGCGGACUAGAGAUUGCUGGCAAGGAACAUGGCAAGAUCGCGUUUGUCAGUGGCUUGGGUAUCACAGGAACAUCAAGCGACACGCUUACACUGGAGCUAUUGACGGAUUAUCUUCUUGGGUACACAGGAUUCUCGGGCGACGACAAAAACAGUCCGUCGUCAAGUCCGUCUAAGAUCACACGUCUGAUCAUUGCCGGUAAUUCACUGGGGGCCAGCGUGAUUGCCGAUGUGGCGUCAGCGACUGCAAGCAACGGGGUCGCGAAGAAAGCGCAGCCGAAAAAAUAUGGCUAUGAUGCCUCUGCAUACAAUGCCUCACCUGUCACACAGCUCGAUAAUUUCCUAGCUGAGAUCCUGCCCAGCAUCCCAGUCACGCUCAUGCCGGGCGAGAAGGACCCUGCGAAUUUCUCCCUUCCUCAACAGAGCAUCCACCGUGCUAUGUUCCCUCGGGCUCGGGCAUAUGCUGCACCGCCGCCUAAAGCGGACGAGAAGCUGGAAGCAGGGUGGUUCGACAGUGUCACAAACCCCUGGGAAGGGGAUGUCGAGGGCUGGCGAUUGUGGGGAUGCAGUGGUCAAAACGUCGACGACGUUCUUCGGUACAUCACCAUUGAAGGCGGUGAUAGUAGUCCAGACCGUGAGACAGAUUCCGAUGCUCGGAUACGAAUCAUGGAAGCUAUGCUUCGCUGGCGUUGUGGUGUGCCCACUGCGCCGGACACAAUUUGGUCAUAUCCAUACCAAACUGAUGAUCCAUAUGUCAUUGAGUCAUGUCCGCACAUCUUCUUCGCUGGAAAUCAGCCCCAGUUCAAGACUGCCACGAUUGAGGGUGACGUUCCUCUCCGUCUAGAUGGUGAUAUCGAUAUGAUGGAUGCCGCGGAUGGCCCUGAUGCCCCGCGUGUGAGACUGUUGGCACUUCCCAAAUUCAGCGAAACAGGAGAGUUGAUUCUGGUUGAUACCGAGACGCUGGAGGUUGAGGUGGUCCGGUUUGAAGUAUUCAAGGGACAAGAAGAGCAAAAAUGA